UUAUCUCCAGUCAAGGGUCUUAAAAUUGAUGGAAGCUCCAAGCUCCCGGUGAUAUUAGACUGGUCCUGUAUUGAUUAGCAAGCGGGAGUGCUCAAGAGUUGCGGAGAGAUUACCUCUGUGUACAAUGGCAGGAGAUGGCAGACGGACCACAACCUGGCUGGCUGCGCUUCUCUUCAUGGAUUUUGUCAAAGACGUGACAGCAUUCUCGUGUGUGCAGUGUUCUACCAACAAACCUGACCAAGGCACCAAAAGCUGUAAGGACGGCUUAAUCCCCACCCCCUGUUCAGAACGCGGGCUCGACCAUUACUGCUUCACGGGUUACACCUUAGAUGUCAACGACUCGCUGCUUCACGUCCACCGUGGCUGCACGCCCGUCUCUCUGCAUGGCUGUAUGGAGGUUCUUCCUUUACCACACCAAUCACAGCAUCGCCCUGUCAAGAAGUCGGAAAAAUUCCUACUCAUGAAAGAAAGGGGCGACUUCUUUGAAAAUGCCACGCUGGCAGACGACCACUUGAAAUCUGACAGUUACCAUGGUAAAUCCACAGGAGAAGUGACUUGCUAUGAAUCCUGCCAGCUGGAUGGCUGUAACCAUGGUACCAGUGUUCAUUCAGACCUCGGAAAUGUAGCUAGUAUCACAAUUACCAUAAUAGCGUUCAUGCUAAUACGAAUAAACAAAUAUAUUUGAACAUUUAUCCAAUUUGUUAGGGUGACAAAUCCCCAAGGUGACUUUAUUUAAAGUUAGCAUUCUAAAAAUUAUAAAAGAACAUCAACUUCUCUAUAACAUUCCAUAACUAAAAAA